CCGCAGUGAAUGAUUUCCCCCGGGGCGGAGCUGGACCUUGCCGCGACCCACCUGAGCCCGUGGUUGCACCGCCCGGGCGGGCGAGCCUGCCAACACUGCCCCGGCACGGGGGACCAUGGCCACGGAUUCCUGGGCCCUAGCGGUGGAUGAGCAGGAAGCCGCGGCUGAGUCGUUGAGCAACUUGCAUCUUAAGGAAGAAAAAAUCAAACCAGAUGCCAAUGGUGCUGUUAAAACCAAUGCUCAUACAGAGAAAACAGACGAAGAAGAGAAAGAGGACAGAGCUGCUCAGUCUUUACUCAACAAGCUGAUCAGAAGCAAUCUUGUGGAUAACACCAACCAAGUAGAAGUCCUGCAGAGGGACCCAAGCUCGCCCUCUCUACUCAGUGAAGUCUUCGAAGAGCUUCGUCUGAAACCACAGCUUCUCCAGGGAGUCUAUGCAAUGGGUUUCAACCGCCCAUCCAAAAUACAAGAGAAUGCAUUGCCUUUGAUGCUUGCUGAACCACCACAGAACUUAAUUGCCCAGUCUCAGUCUGGUACUGGUAAAACAGCUGCCUUUGUGUUGGCCAUGCUUAGCCAAGUAGAGCCAGCAAACAGAUAUCCACAGUGUCUCUGCCUCUCUCCAACCUAUGAGCUUGCUCUUCAAACAGGAAAGGUGAUUGAACAUGGCAAGUUUUACCCUGAAUUGAAGCUAGCUUAUGCUGUUCGAGGCAAUAAAUUGGACAGAGGUCAGAAGGUCAGUGAGCAGAUUGUCAUUGGCACCCCCGGGACUGUCCUGGACUGGUGCUCCAAGCUGAAGUUCAUUGACCCCAAGAAGAUCAAGGUAUUUGUUCUGGACGAGGCUGACGUGAUGAUAGCAACUCAAGGCCACCAAGACCAGAGCAUCCGCAUCCAGAGGAUGCUCUGAUGCUGGCCCCCAGAACACUGCCAGAUGCUGCUCUUCUCUGCCACCUUUGAUGAUACAGUGUGGACGUUUGCCCAGAAGGUGGUCCCCAGACCCCAAACAUCAUCAAACUUAAGCGUGAAGGAGGAGACUUUGGACACCAUCAAACAGUAUUAUGUCGUUUGCAAUAACAGAGAGGAGAAGUUCCAGGCCCUGUGCAACCUGUACGGGGCCAUCACCAUCGCCCAAGCCAUGAUCUUCUGCCAUACCCGCAAAACAGCUAGCUGGCUGGCAGCUGAGCUCUCCAAGGAGGGCCACCAGGUGGCUCUGCUGAGUGGGGAGAUGAUGGUGGAGCAGAGGGCAGCUGUGAUUGAGCGCUUCCGAGAAGGCAAAGAGAAGGUCCUGGUGACCACCAACGUGUGUGCCCGUGGUAUUGAUGUUGAACAAGUGUCUGUCGUCAUCAAUUUUGACCUUCCUGUGGACAAGGAUGGGAACCCGGACAAUGAGACCUACCUGCACCGCAUCGGGCGCACGGGCCGCUUUGGCAAGAGGGGUCUGGCUGUCAACAUGGUUGACAGCAAGCACAGCAUGAAUAUCCUCAACAGAAUCCAGGAGCAUUUUAAUAAGAAGAUAGAAAGACUGGACACAGACGAUUUGGAUGAGAUCGAGAAAAUAGCCAACUGAGCAGCUUCACCAGCAACUGGCGCCACCCUCAGCACUGUCCCUGCCUGGGAGCGUGGAGCUUUCAUGGCAUAGGCCUUGACAGGCACCUCCAAGACCAAGGCCUGAGUAGAGACUACCUACCUCAUUCAGAAUUACGUUUGGACUUGACAGAAAUUUGUGCAAAUGAUGGGGGAUGGUAGAAAAUUUGUUUACACAACUUUGGAAGAUUAGGCAUGAAUACACAGAAAUUUACCUUUUA